AUGCGAUCCGAUCUUCAACGAGGGUCCGAAGAUGGCGAGAGGUGCAAGGGAGGUACGCAGAGGCGCGGUGCCGGCGCCGCUAUCAGAGUGCGAUCUAAAGCUGAUCUAGUCUGAUCUGAGUAGUGAUCUAGUACUGAUCUAGUACUGAUCUAGUGCGAUCGGCACCGACUCGCGCGAAGCCCGCCCGACCUGAGGCCGCUUGGUUCCUGUUGUACUACUGGUGGCCGCCGCUUGGGCUUAUUCCCACCGCCACAAUGGAUACUGUACACUCUGUCCUUCCUGCGUUUGCCUCUCUGCGUGAGUACACCUCUUGUUCCGUUCGUGAUCCGCUCACGUCGUACGCGUCGCCGCGGAGGUACGCGCACCCGUGCUUCAAGUGGGGGAGGGGGGAACACGACACUAUGACCGGGGCCUUGGGCCUCCAAACAGUGAAUAGCGGAGAUGGAUACGUCACACACGUCUCGACACCACGGCGAAGGAUUCAGACUGAUCGAAAUCAAUUUGCGACACAUGUGUUGUGUUGAUCCUCGAAUCCGUCCCCGCUGAUCAAUGUCGACCCCUGUCUGCCUCUUCCCUCGCGCGCAGCCCAGCCCUUCUCGGCAUUGUCAGCACUCGCCAAGGCGGAGGAGAUCGAUUCCCGCCGCGUACGCACCUCCAAAGUAGGGUGGUGGAGUGACGUCCGCAGGAUCAAAGGAUCGACCUGGCCUCGGAUCUGGCGUGCCGUCACCAUCAUUACGCUGUGGGCCGCUCUGAUCGCCGUCUUGGAGUUCAACUAUCAGCAACGCCUCAGCUUGACGAACAAUGUCACACCACUCCUCUCGGUCGUCGUGGGUCUCUUAUUGUCAGUGGAAUACCUGCCUCUCGCCGCACUUCUGGCACUCGGCGGUCCAUCUUCAAAGGGUACCCGACUGAAUUUUCGUCCCGUCACUCUACACUCAUCGUCAACACACAGGGUGUUCCGCAACUCGAGUGCGUUCCAGAGGUGGGAUGAGGGACGAAAGGCUUUUUCAACGCUUGUCAGUCCUUCUUAGAUUUGGCUCCACACCCAUACAUCGCUCGGCACCUCGAUGAAAUACCGACCCGACAGACGCUGAUCGGAAUAGGUUGUGGGAUCGGGCUCAUCCGUCAUCACACAGAUCUCGACCACGCGUAGUCUCUCUCGCUCGGUCUGGAUCAACGUAGGCGCUGCCACUCCACCCAAAUUCGAACGAGAUGGGUCCCAGAUCGCAAGCAACGACCCGGACUUGACCGAAAGGGAUCACAAUGCUAAGGUCAAAGCACUGAGGUUGAUGGUGGCUGUUGUGGUCAGUCCUGGAAACAGAACAUGGUCCUAUUGAAUCUGUGCGGAAUGUAGCUUAAUAAAGCCUCUGCAAACAGGUCGCCACGAAACACCAUCUUCGAGGCGAGUACGGAACGGAUUACGAAGAUCUUUCGGCAUUGCUGCCUUCGAAGUUCAAGGAAAUCGCGGGGACGACUGGGUUUGGGUGGGGUGCGGCAGAAGGUGAGGGCUCGCAGAACCAGUACUUACUGUGAUCUUUCGGAAGCUGAAGCCCGAAUGGUCGUGUCUCUAGCUGACGCUGCAGGCUCAGCAACCGUUUCCGCGGCCUCACCCCGUGCUCCCGAAGCGAUCGCCCAAGAGCUCCGUCGACUCGCUUCCAUUCCUUCCCUUCACCCUCCACCUCAAUCACCCAAAACUUCAACUUCUCCUCACCAUCACUCGCAUACUUCGAACGACGAGCGAGCGCCCUUGCUUCGUCAUUCGGCGUCCCACGUCUCGACCCAUUCGGCGGUCAUUCUCAACGACUCGCUCGCUAAGCCUAGCAUCCCUCUUCCGCUGUUAAUUACGCAUCAACUUGGUCUGUAUUUGGCUGUGUGCAAGAAGAAAGGGCUUUUGGAGGUGAGUAGCCUGAUAUCACCCUGCCUUAGGAUUCGAAUUGCCUCUGACUACGUUCUUCACUUGGGCACGACUAGUCCGUCGGUCCAGCAGGCUACAAUGCCAUGUCGGCAUCGGUGUCCACCCUGACCGACUGCUUCACCACUGUCGAAAGACUGGCCGUCAUUCCCAUCCCACCCGUAUAUGGCAUUCGUGAGCCGAGAUGAUUUAGGUCAUGGGGAGACUACCACUCUGAACUGACGAUGGCAACUCGCGCAUCGCCUCGAAACUGCACAGAUUUGAAACAGAGCACUUCACUCUACCUACUCACAUUGCCUUUUACACUGGUCGAAAUCAUGGGUUGGAAGAUGGUUCCAUUUGUGACUUUGUGCGCCUUCACAUUGAUGGGUAUCGAAGGAAUUGCGUCCGAGAUCGAAAUGGUGAGUGCUCCUCGAUGAGAUGGGCGCUCAGGGGUUUGACGGACUUCUGAAGCCGAGCUGACUGCUGUUCCUCCUGCUGCACGGCCUACUGGAUUCACAGCCAUUCGGAGUAAGCCACUACAUUUCAAUUCAUCAGUUCUUUUGCUUCGCGCUGACAUUUACCUGAGACGUCAUUGCACGAAAAGCUCGAUGAUUCCGACUUGCCCCUCGAUCUCUUAUGCGCCGAGCUGCGCAACGAGGUGAGAACUCCGCCAGGUACCGCAUGAACUUUGUCAUGCGACUUACGCCUGUGAUUAUGCAUGCAUCCACUUUACAGAUCGAACAUGUCAUCUCGAGGCUGAACGCACAACACGAUGACUGGGUCUGGUAG